UGAGUCGGAGUCGGAGUGGCGACCGAGUGUGGAGCGGGCGAAAAGCCACUGGGGCGGGCCAGUCCCGAUCAGUCCCGUCUGGCUCCAGCUCGUGCUCCUGUGCGGGGCAACGGCCGCGGUCGCCAUCUCCGCCGCUGCCUCCGCCUCCAUCGGCGUCGGGGGAGGGGCCGGCCGGACCCCGGGGUCACUGCUGAGGAAUGAAGAGUGGCGGCCGGGCCCCGCGCUCCGCCCCGGCCUAGGGCCUAGCCCCGGAGCCGCCAGGUAGCUACCCAGCAUGCCUCAGAGCACCUCCCCUGGUCAGUGGCCGUUACUGUGUACUUACAGAUUGCAAACGAAUGCAAAUAUUAACUCAUCCUAGGAAUAACUGAGAGGGUGGAGGCCUGAAGUGUGAUCUAUGUCCUACCUACGUCCAGCUGCCUGAAACUGCUUUAUGAGCACAUGACCCUGGACAUGGAUGCUGUCCUGUCGGAUUUUGUCCGUUCCACGGGAGCAGAGCCAGGGCUGGCCCGAGAUCUCCUGGAAGGAAAGAAUUGGGAUGUGAGUGCAGCCCUCAGUGAUUUUGAACAGCUACGUCAAGUCCAUGCUGGGAAUCUUUCCCCACCCUUUAGUGAAGGGAGUGGUGGCCCCAGGACCCCUGAAAAGGGGUUUUCUGAUAGAGAGUCUACUCGUCCUCCCCGGCCCACCCUACAGCGGCAGGAUGACAUCGUUCAAGAAAAACGUCUGUCUAGGGGCAUCUCCCACGCCAGCUCCAGCAUUGUGUCCCUGGCCCGGUCUCAUGUCUCCUCCAAUGGUGGGGGUGGGGGGAGCAGUGAGCACCCCCUGGAAAUGCCCAUCUGUGCCUUCCAGCUCCCAGACCUCACUGUGUACAAUGAAGACUUCCGCAGCUUCAUAGAGAGAGACCUCAUUGAACAGUCCAUGCUGGUUGCCCUGGAACAGGCAGGGCGUUUGAACUGGUGGGUGAGUGUGGACCCCACCUGUCAGAGGCUGCUUCCUCUGGCAACUACCGGAGAUGGGAACUGCCUCCUGCACGCAGCCUCCCUCGGGAUGUGGGGCUUCCAUGAUCGUGACUUGAUGCUACGCAAAGCUUUGUACGCGUUGAUGGAGAAGGGAGUGGAGAAGGAAGCUUUGAAGCGCCGCUGGAGAUGGCAGCAAACACAGCAGAACAAAGAGUCAGGGCUGGUAUACACAGAGGACGAAUGGCAGAGAGAAUGGAAUGAGCUGAUCAAACUUGCCUCGAGUGAACCCCGCAUGCACCUAGGUACCAAUGGAGCCAACUGUGGUGGGGUGGAGAGUGCAGAGGAGCCCGUGUACGAGAGUCUGGAGGAGUUCCAUGUCUUUGUCCUCGCCCACGUGCUCAGGAGGCCCAUAGUGGUGGUGGCAGACACCAUGCUGAGGGACUCGGGAGGGGAAGCAUUCGCCCCCAUCCCCUUUGGGGGCAUCUAUCUGCCCUUGGAGGUCCCCGCCAGCCAGUGUCACCGCUCUCCUCUGGUGCUCGCCUACGAUCAGGCCCACUUCUCGGCACUCGUGUCCAUGGAGCAGAAGGAGAACACCAGGGAGCAAGCUGUGAUCCCCCUGACAGAUUCAGAGCAGAAGCUGCUGCCCCUGCACUUUGCUGUGGACCCAGGCAAGGGCUGGGAGUGGGGCAGAGAUGACAGCGACAAUGUCCGAUUGGCCAGUGUAAUCCUGUCCCUCGAGGUCAAGCUGCACCUGCUGCAUGGCUACAUGAGCGUGAAGUGGAUCCCACUGUCCCCCGACGCACAGGCCCCCCUGGCCCAGCCUGAGUCCCCCACAGCCUCAGCUGGAGAUGAGCCCCGCUCCACUCCUGAGUCUGGGGAGUCAGACAAGGAGUCUGUUGGCAGCAGUUCUACCAGCAAUGAGGGCAGCAGGCGGAAGGACAAGUCAAAGCGAGACGGAGAGAAGGACAAGAAGAGAGCCGACUCUGUGGCUAACAAGCUGGGCAGCUUUGGCAAGACCUUGGGCAGCAAGCUCAAGAAGAACAUGGGAGGCCUGAUGCACAGCAAGGGUUCGAAGGCUGCUGGAGGGUUGGGAGCAGGCCUGGGGGGCAGCAGCGGCACUGAGACACUGGGGAAGAAGAAGAAAAACUCACUCCAGAGCUGGAAGUGUGGCAAGGAGGAGGCAGCCGGGGACGGGCCCGUGUCUGAGAAGCCCCCAUCUGACCCUGUUGGUAACGGAGGGAGCAGGUACAGCCAGGAGGUGAUGCGGAGCCUGAGCAUCAUGAGGAUUGCCAUGCAGGGGGAGGGGAAGUUUAUUCUUGUCGGAACCCUGAAGAUGGGUCCGCGUCACCAGUACCAGGAGGAGAUGAUCCAGCGCUACCUUUCUGACGCUGAGGAGAGAUUCCUGGCAGAGCAGAAGCAGAAGGAGGCAGAGAGGAAGAUUGUGAAUGGAGGGGUAGGGAGUGGGCCUCCGCCAGCGAAAAAGCCGGAGCCCGAUGGCGGGGAGGAGCUGCCUGCCCCCCCAGCAGAGUCCAAGGCCACCGCCUUCUCUGUUGGCUACACUGGGGGCUUCACUAUCCCUCGGCCUUCUGGGGGUGGAGUCCACUGCCAGGAACCCCGGAGGCAGCUGGCAGGGGGUCCGUGUGGGGGGGGCCUGCCACCAUAUGCCACCUUCCCCAGACAGUGCCCUCCCGGGCGGCCCUACCCCCAUCAGGACUGCAGCCCUUGUCUGGAGCCAGGCAGUCCGUCCAAGGAUGGGGUUCACAGGGGCGCGUUGUUCCCACCUCCCUUCCGCGUGGCUGACUCCUAUAGUAAUGGCUACAGAGAGCCCCCUGAACCGGACGGGUGGGCUGGAGGUCCCCGGGGGCUGCCCCCAACCCAGACCAAAUGCAAACAGCCGAACUGCAGCUUCUAUGGACACCCUGAAACCAACAACUUCUGCUCCUGCUGUUACAGGGAAGAGCUGAGGAGGAAGGAGCGGGAACCGGCUGGGGAGCUGCCGGUGCACAGGUUCUGAGGGGUGCGGGCUUGCAGCGCAAAGGAGCCGAACAGAGAAAGUUCAGCUUGAGAAAUUGGCUCAUCAAGCCCCAGCCCCCGUGUUGACGGGCAAACACAGGAAUGUCUGGGGGAGCCUGGCUGGAAACUGAAGUGUGUGCGCUGGAGUGCUGCCAGGCUGGUGAGAGCAGGUCAGGGCCGGACGGUGCCUCGGGGGCUGGACUCUCCUCUGCAGAGCUUGACCUGACAGGACGGAGGAGGGCCAAGGGGGAAGGAGGGUUCUGUCUCACAGCCCUUGGGUUCCAUCCCAGGACCUAGGGAAAGUACUAGGGGAAGGUUUGGUGUGUGGGGUGGGAGGCGGGUAUACAUCUGCGGGAGGAACAGGCCGAGGAGGUUCUCAGUCAAUAAAAAAAAGAUCAAAGUUCUUUUAGGUUGGAAAAAAGCACAUGGUGGUGGAGUUGGGAGUAUGCAGGGAAACUGGAAGAUUAGACAGAUUUGCUGUCGAUUUGAUUAAGGUUGAAAUUAGGGUUGGGUUUCUUCCUCCUGCAGGGUCUAGGGAGCCCUGGUGGUGCAGUGGUUAAGAGCUCAGCUGCUGACCAAAAGGUCAGCAGUUCGAAUCCACCAGCUGCUCGUUGGAAACCCUAUGGGGCAGUUCUACUCUGUCCU